UUGACACUGCUCCUGGCAGGGAUCUGACAUGCUGGGUGUGAAGUAAACACACCUCUCCUAAAUCAGCCUCCCUGUUCAUUAAAGCUAGUCCUUAGAAGGGUCUGAACCAGCCUCCUCUGAGCACACUGGUGUAGGAAGGGUGUGAGUGGCAGUGGCACCAGGAGGCAGGGCAACAGUGAGGAAUUUUUUUGGGUCAGAAUCAGUGGCAGAUGCUCCCAGCUAAAUGCCCAGUUUCAAGUGGAGGCUGCAAAGAGAUCAUGGGCUGAUGCCUUGUGCUGUGCCAGAGGCGUGCACGGCUUUUGGCUCUGCUCCGGACAAGUCAUUUUGUCCCACACUCACCCUGCACCCCUCUCUGAUCUUGCAGAUCUUUGGGGGCCUUGUGUGGAUCUUGGUGGCAUCCUCGAGGAUCCCAGACUCCAUGCUGCAGGGCUGGGUGAUGUUUGUCUCCGUGUUCUGCUUCAUCAUGUCCAUCUCCCUCCUGUGCCUCUACUUAUGCGGGGCUCACGGCGGCGGCGGCUGCUGGGUGACCUUGGAUGUCAUCUGCCAGGAGACAGCAGCGCUGUUCUACCUCAGUGCUGCGGUGCUGGAAGCCUACCUGACCUAUAUACUUGGUUUCUUGCCGGGACAGGCGUACAGGGAGAACGUUGCUGCCGUGGUAUUUGCAUUCCUGGCCACCCUGGUUUACGUGAUCCACAAGGUGUUCUCACUCCUGCGAUGGAAAUCAUCCUGAGAGCCUGAAAAACCCUGGGAACAAUGACUGCCGUCUCCAGGCUGGGUUUGGGUUUCGUUUUCUAAUGUAUAGCCUGUAAACAAGCAGCUUUUUAUGUGGGAUCUUGGUGAUGAAGACAAGGAGCCUGCCAGAGAAAGGAAUAGCCUGGCACAAUCUGUUUCCCUUCAAUAUCUUACAGGUUGGGUACAGUUUGAUGCUGGAGCCAAAAAAGAAGAAAAAAACAAUUAAAAAAAAGCCACGAGAUUUAAAAUGGUAUAGUUGGGUUCAAAGGGCUAAAAUAUCCCUGGACUGCACCUUUAUGCAUCCAGGGUUGUUACUGGUAUCCAGGGAAAAAUGAACAACAAGCAGCACAAGUGUGAAACUGUCAUUUUAAUUGCUGUGUGCCCAUUUAAGUCUGUUUCCCUCACCCUAAAACCACUGUACAAAUUAAUAUUUUCACGCAAUGCCUGGAAAUGCCUUCUCUGGCUUGUGAUGAGCAGUGGGGACAGUAUUUAACUCAGCUCAGGAGCAGUGUGGAUCAUUACAGUUCCUGAAGGGUGCUACUGAAUUCUGAGGCAUGCCAGGAAUUACCACUGCCAUUGAUCCCCCUGCAAAGCACAGCCUGGAAGGGGCUCAUUAGGCUGUAGGAGAAUUCUCUGGGUGAUCAGAAUCAAAUCCUCAAUAAGCAGAGGCAAACAACUCCUGCUUUUGGUGAAUGGCUAUUCUCUCAUAC